UCUGCUCCCGCGCCUUCGUCGAAGAUCGAAAAUUAUAUAAACUGGGACUAAAAGGAUUUUAUGUCAAAGAUGACAAUGAUAGUACAGGGGAAGAACAAGUGUCUGAGGAGGAGAACAGUUGUACCAAUGCAAGAUUAAAGGUGGAUACUAAUCAUGCCCUGGACCUGGAAGAAGUUGAAUUAGACUCAGAAGCUGAGCUUAUGAAGAGCAUGGGAUUGCCUCUUCAGUUUGGUGGGCAGUCAGCCCACAGGGACUUUGUGGCAACAGAAAAUUACAGAAAGAAAAAUAACAUGAAGAUUAUGAAAAAGAAAAAGAAGAAGAAAAAAGAGUUACAGCAAAAACACGAGGAUAAAAUGGGGCAGGAAUGCCAGGACGAAGCUUGUGGUGGUUGUAUCCAGUCUGUUUCUGGUGAGCUAGCCCUAGCUACAGAGCAAUGUGAAAUGAGCAGCAAACCUCAGGCUGUAAUUGAAGGGAACUGUGAAGGUUCAGAAAGCCUUGCAAGUGAGGCUUUAUCCAGUGAACUUAAAGAAAAAUGGGAGAAGUACUGGAAUGAGUACGGAGAGGGCCUUCUUUGGCAAAGUUGGUUGGAAAAGCACCAAGAGGUCUCAUCAUCUGAGGACAUCACAGCCUCUGAGCCCUGGAACAGUCCAGAUACUAAGGAAGAAUGGGAGCAGCAUUAUAGUGAACUGUACUGGUAUUAUUUGGAACAGUUUCAGUACUGGACGAGGCAAGGAUGGACUACGGAGAGCUCACAGGGUGACAAGGUGGAAAUUAAUGGAGUUACAAAGGAGAUUGGUUUUUCAGGAGAAAUGGGCUUGGUUAGCCCAGGACCUGAGCACAGUGAAGUGCUGAGCUUGGAGCUGUCUACCUCCAACACCAGAAGUGAGGAAACACUCCCUUCAAGUGCUGAGCCCCACAGUGAAGUAAUCUCUGGGAUCUGUAAUUUAAAUCUGAAUUUGGAGGAAGUGGAGCAGAGCAGUGGUGCUCUAACAGUAGACCCCAAGGAUCCUGAAGAACAGAGCUCAUCUGACAGCAGAAACCGGGAUGAGCCCUGUGAUGGAGGAAGCAGGAAAAGGACAGCAUCUUGUGAAAAUAAAAGUGUUAACCAGUCAGAUGUGCAGGAGUCAUGUAGCUUGAAUUCAAAUGAAAAAAAGCAGUUGCUGCUUUAUGACCAAGAUGAAGAUGAGGAUGAAGAGCCUCCUGAAUACAGACAUGUCAAAGUGAAGAGAAGCCAUGAGCUGGACAUGGAUGAAAACCCAGUGGAAGAUCCUGAGGAAACCUGCUCUGUGUUGGGUUUCAAGUGUGGCACAGGACAAAAGUAUGGUGGAAUUCCAGAUUUCACCCACCGAAGUGUGCAGUACUUGGAGAAAAAAGCAAAACUCAAGUCCAGAUUCUUGGAUAUGCGUAAACCAAGGAAGAGCAAAAACACACACAUCUUCUUUACAGAGGAAUCUGAAAUAACAUGCAAAAAAAGCAAAACUUUGAAGAAGGUGGAAAUGUUCCUGAAGCAGGUUAGUAAACCUGAGGAGGAAGACUCAUCCCAGCCAGCCGCCCCUCAGGGUGAAGCAGAGGUGUUGUCUGCGAGCAGCAGUGACUCAGAGGGUCAGGAGGGCAUUGCUGCCCCACGGAGUGCGACGCUGGAUGCUGAAAUCCGAGAGCCACUGUCUUGCAGUGCAGCCUGCACAGAACCUGGAGGGAGGAAGCUUGAGGAGGAGGCACAGGAUGCUGCAGCGAGUGGCUCCGAUGAACAGGGGGCAGGGAGACCCGAGCAUGGCAGUGAGCGGCAGCUCGUCCCUCUGGAUAUUCCUGAUUAUCUCCAGCCAGAGACGGAGGACAUCAGCCAAGCUAUAGAUGAAAAAAUUACUGCAAAGAAGAAGGAGAUGAGAAGAAGAAGGAGGAAUAAAAAUGCACUGAGAACUGUACCUCCUGAGAUUGCUGCUGAUCCAGAGCUUGUCAAGUACUGGGCACAACGCUACCGGCUCUUCUCUCGGUUUGAUGAGGGAAUUAAACUAGACAGAGAGGGUUGGUUUUCUGUUACUCCUGAGAAGAUAGCUGAGCAUAUUGCCAUCCGCGUCAGUCAGGCGUUCAACUGUGACAUCAUAGUGGAUGCAUUCUGUGGGGUUGGAGGAAACGCUAUUCAGUUUGCAUUGACCUCAAAAAGAGUGAUCGCCAUCGACAUCGAUCCCGAGAAGCUGCGGCUGGCGCGGCACAACGCGGAGGUGUACGGCGUGGCCGAGCACAUCGACUUUCUGUGCGGGGACUUCAUGGCGCUGGCGGCCGGCCUGCGCGCCGACGUGGUGUUCCUCAGCCCGCCCUGGGGGGGGCCCGACUACGCCACGGCUGAGAUCUUCGACAUCCAAACCAUGAUCUGCCCAGAUGGAUUUGAAAUUUUCAGACUCUCCAAGAAGAUCACCAACAAUAUUGUGUAUUUCCUGCCUCGGAAUGCUGAUAUUAACCAGGUGGCUUCCUUAGCAGGGCCAGGAGGGAAAGUUGAAAUAGAACAAAAUUUUCUCAAUAACAAACUGAAGACAAUAACAGCUUAUUUUGGUGAUCUAAUAAGGCAUGACAUCUCCUGAACUCCGUGUGGAUUCUUCUAAACCCAGCCUCCCUGACUGCUGCUUUGCUUAAGUUUUUGUACAGCUGGCUGGUCAAAAAUGACUUAAAGCCAUUUUCCACUUCAAUUUCUGUUUACAGAAAUUUGUUUUGUUUAUUGCUACUGUCAAUAAAUGUUUUGUAAUAAUUUUAACAACACUGUAAAUGUAGAAAAUCUGUGAAUGUAUGAAGAAAGAUCUUUGUAAAAUGCAGUCUUGCAAGAUUCAAGCCCAAACCUUGGAAGUGGGGUUCAGGAUUCAGGGUAACUCACAUGUGCUACUUUUGUGGUUGGUCUGGUUUUGAGCACCGAGAGGGUCAAGAAAAAUAGCCUGAAAGCCACAGGAGCUGCUGUCUGGGCUUGAGAAGCAAAAGCGUCUGAGCAUCAAGUGGAACUAGAGGGUCAGGUGCACCACAGGAGGUUAAGCCCAGUCCACCUCUCCUGCUCCAUGCUCACUGAGAAACCUUUUCAGGUUUUCUUUGCAGGAUGAAGAUUCACACAUUAAUUCUAGUGAGUGUUGCAGCUCACAGAGAGAGCUGGGUGUGUUUGUGUCUGGAGGUGGGACUCAACCCUCUGGGUAUUGUCAUUUUAUUUUUUAUCUCCCUGCCAUUCCUCUUCAUUGCAAAGAUAUGUUGAAGAAACCUUCUGCCCAGAGGUUUGUAUCAGUAAGCAGAGGCGUUUCUGUCCCCCCUCUUUCCUAGGCCUUUGGAAUCCUCACACAGGCUUCAGGGAGGGCAGAAAUAAGCCAGCUUUUCCUGGUGAGGGCUCCCUGCUCCCACUUGUAGUUUGGAGGGGAAGAGUGGCCUUUGUGCAGUUCUCAAAGCAGAAGAGCAGGCAGGUGAGGGGGCAUGGUGUUCAUACUGAAAUACUUUACAUUAAGUCCCCAAGCUCAAUGUUGAGCUUGUUUUUGAGGUAAGAGUAUACAAAUAAUAAUUUCAAAGAUAAAUUAAUGCUGCUUCUCCUCUGCUUUGAGUGCAGCAGGAUGCUGAAGGCAGCAGAAACGAAGCACUAAACAACACAUUAGUGCUAUCCAAGAAAACUAGAAUAACCAGAAUAACCGAAAAAGAGGAUCUAUUUUCCACAUUAAGGAAUGAAAUCCAACUCUUCAAAACAGUUAAAUAGACCAAAGUGUUUGUGUGUGUAUGGAUUGUUAUGACUCAGUGUGAGUUUGCAGUGCAGUAGAAUAGCCCUUGGGAAAUAGCAGUUUUCUGGCUUUGCUGUCUUUCCAGAACCAAGCAAGUGCUAAAUUGUUACUGUCAUAUUCACGCUUCAUGUAAGGUAUUUUAUGAAGAUACUUUGGCUAAUUUGGAUCACUGCACUUUGCCACAGUGCUACAGCAAGGAAGUCUUGUGCUGGCUCUGCAUCAUUAAAGGGAAUUAUUAAGGAAAUAAUAUUUCUUAGAAGUUUCCUAUUAGGUCGUAGGGGAGUUUGGCAGGAGUGUUAAUACUACAGGAGCUCUAUAUCUACUGUGGCAGUGGCAUGUGAAUGUAAUAAUGCUGUUAGAUUUUCACUACAAUCAAAAAUCCAAGUCUGUGAGGCUGAAGAAUAGAUUGGUUUAUAUCAUGUAUGUCACAGUACUCUAUACACUAAAAUUUUAUUAUAUUUGGCUUAUUGCUGCUUGUAGAAAUACCCUUGUCUUAUAACUUGGUCCUCUUUUCCUCCUUAAGGAAAUGCUUUAGAAGCAUUUUGAGAUGUUGCUGAUGCUACUCAUAUGAAAGGAAACUGACUGUGAAAAGCCUGAGAAAUUACUUUUACCUUCUGGAAAGUAGUUAGGUUGUUUUUGGUGCCCAGUAUACAAAGUGUGGAAGCUAAAAUACAAAAGGUACAACAUUUACCCAUUUGAAUUUUUACUUCCAGUGUAAUGAACUUAAUGGUAAAAAAGAACAAUUUUUCAAAGGUGUCUGCUGGGCUUUGCAAGCACAUGGAGCAUCAAAAGCAGAAGAAUAUCUUCGUUCAUAGUUGUUCCUCUCUAAUUAAGAGGGACAAAAUGGGAGUUUGGGGUAUUUUUUUUGUUUGUUUUUGUUGUUGUUGUUUUGGUUUUGUUUUUUUUUUUUUAAUUACAACUUGAAAUCAGAAUACCCUCUGCUGGGCUGUGAUAAAUGUUUGCCCUCACUUCCCACUUGCACAGAACUAGUGAAGUUCCCCAGGGCUUUAAAUCUACCAGUCCGUUAAGCCUAAAAUACAUCUGUGAGUACUUUUAGUUUUUUGUUAAUAAUUUCAACCAACAAACCCUCCAUGGAGGAGAGCUUCAGUCAUGACUUGCUAUGAAAUGUUAUUUUGCUUUAUAUUGGAGAGAAAAGUUAACAUAGUCUGAGACACUGUUAAAUUUCUGGACAGCUCAUGGCCACUGUUUUAAUACUAUUUCUGAAUUUAGGUAGUAUUUUGUAAAUGAUACAUUGGGCAACAAAGAAGUUACAUUGCUACUGUAAAUUCACAUAGAAGUUUGAUCUUUUACCCAUUUGAAGAUACAAAAUAAGCUACAGAAAAAGUGCAGAUUUUUGUUUUCUAAGGACUAAAUGCGGUAAACACGUACUGAGUUCUACUUUCUGGUAUGCUCUUGAGCCCCUAAUCUCUUUAGGUUUAUCUUAAUUAAAUCAAACAUUAAAUCAA